GACGUGAGUUUUUUAAAACACAUGGCGGUAGUUAUCGUGGUCUACAUAGAACCUAACGUGUAGACUAGUGCAAGAAAUAAUUUAAUAAAAAGAUAAUAUUACUUUAUAUUAAAAAUGAAAAAGUAAAUCAGCGUUUGCUCAAAAACUAUAAUUUUUAUUUAUGUGAAAUUUCUCUCAUUUAUCGAGUCUUGACUAGUUCCGACCACGUGCUGAAUCCUGAAUUGUAACUUAACCUCGAAAUGGGCCGUAAAGGAAAGGGUCGAUGUGUAAAGCGAAAUAAACAGAUAAAUGUAGGAGAGAAGGAAGAAGUGGUAAAAGCGCCCCAUUCCUUUGUAUUUCAUCGUGGAUUGCCAGGAGAACACAUUGUCGAGCUCACUAAAGAUUUUCGCAAAGUUAUGGAGCCUUUUACAGCUUCGUCGUUGAAGGCCCGAAAGAAAAAUGCUAUUAAAGACUUUGUCUCUGUUGCGAGCGUACUGCAUGUCAGUCACAUGUGCAUAUUUACCAAAACAGAACAGGGAAUGUACCUUAAACUUUGCAAGUUGCCCAGAGGACCCACACUUUCUUUCAAGAUACACAGUUUCUGUUUAGCACGAGACGUUAUAUCUAUGGUGAAGAAACAGAUGGUAUACGAGGAGGCCUUCAAAACUUCUCCACUGCUAGUUUUAAAUAAUUUCAGUGGGGAGGGCAUGCAACUGAAACUCAUAGCUUCCACAUUCCAGAACAUGUUUCCAACUAUAAAUUUGACCACUGUUAAUCUAAGCACGAUCCGUCGUUGCAUAUGCUUAAAUUAUAAUGCGACGACAAAAACUAUUGACUUCAGACAUUAUGCGAUCAAAGUUGUACCUGUAGGUUUGUCAAGAGGUGUUAAAAAAAUAGUGCAAGCAAAAAUACCGAAUUUAUCUAAAUGUCAAGAUAUUUCGGAGUUUCUGACGAAACCAACCAUGUCUGAAAGUGAAGCGGAAGAUGAUGAAAGCAGUCACGUCACAUUAUCACAAAAAUUGUCUUCAAGAGGAAAUCAAGCUGAUUCUAAGAGUGCGAUUAAAUUAUACGAACUGGGACCGAGAAUAACGCUGGAGUUAAUCAAAGUAGAAAGUGGACUCCUCGAUGGUGAAGUACUUUUCCAUGCAUUAGUACAUAAAACGGAAGAAGAGAAACGCGCGAUAAAGAAGAGAAGAGAAGAGAAGAAGAGAUUAAAGGAAAAAAGAACAAAGCUACAGGAAGAAAAUAGAAAAAAGAAGGAAGCGCAGAAGGAAAAACACAAAGAGAAAUCAUUGAAGGGAAUUCAGAAAAAAAGAGAGAACGAUAUGCUUCUACAAAAAAUUGCGAAGGAAUCUGCAGAGAAGAAUGAACCGGAGGAAGACGACGAUGCGCAGUAUUAUCGUGAAGAAGUAGGAGAAGAGCCAGAUAAAGAUUUGUUCCAAACAAAAAUUGGUACCAAGAGGCCGCACAAGCAGAUAAUGAGGUACAAAUCAAAGAAAGCGAAACUCGACAAAUCUCAGAGUAAUAAUAAAUAAUUUGUAAAAAAAAACAGCAAAAUAUCAUGAAAAUAAAAUAUUACGUACACAGAACUUGUCAACACAUUUUUGAAAGAAUAAAGAAUUUUCGAAA